UUAGGCGGCGGCGGCUGGCGUGGGGCUCCUUAGAUGCGCCACGGCUUCGGUAGCGACCGGCUCUCCCCAGCUGCCUGAGCGGCGCCAGCACCUUCCCGAGCAGCUCGCAGCAGCCGGCUGGCCCCUGCUUCGCGGCGACCAUGUGCGACCGGAAGGCGGUGAUCAAAAAUGCAGACAUGUCGGAAGAGAUGCAACAGGACUCGGUGGAGUGCGCGACCCAGGCGUUGGAGAAGUACAACAUCGAGAAGGACAUUGCGGCCCAUAUCAAGAAGGAGUUUGACAAGAAGUACAACCCCACCUGGCACUGCAUUGUGGGGCGGAACUUCGGUAGUUAUGUGACACAUGAAACCAAACACUUCAUCUACUUCUACCUGGGUCAGGUGGCUAUUCUUCUGUUCAAAUCUGGUUAAAAGCAUGGACUGUGCCAAACACCCAGUGAUCCAUCCAAAAACAAGGACUGCAUCCUAAAUUCCAAAUACCAGAGACUGACUCUUCAGCCUUGCUAAGGGAACACCUCGUUUGAAUCUGUUGUGUUUUGUACAGGGCAUCAUCCUCUGUACGAGUUUGUGAUUAUAAAAUAAUUAGUAAAACAGCUUACAUUUGUAUUUAUUUUCUAGUCCAUACUUCUGUACCCAUUUUUUUUUUUCUCCCUUAGGCCAUUCCUUUAAAAAUAAAUCUGUUGGAGAUGUGUAUGUGUGUGUUAGUUUGUUCAAGUAAGAUAGGGUUGAAGCAGCUUACCAGUCGACAAAUCCCCAGGACUUUAGGGUUGAGGACUGUUUUGUGGGAUUAGACAUUUUAGUGCCCUUGAGAUGGAAUGCUCAGCUGGCCAGUGGCUUCUACAGAUUAUUUAGGCUAUUAGCCACAGGUCUAAGACCCCAUCCCUGUCACCCCAGCACUCAGGAGGCUUAGGCAGGAGCACUGUAGGUUCCAGGCGGGCCUGAAUUAAGAGUGAGCCGGUAUCUCUGAACUUGUGCUUUCACUGGCUGUGCUCAGAAAUUAAUUGGUGAAUGAACCAAAGCUUCAUAUAAGGACCUAAUUAAAGCUGUGGGUCUGGUCACCAAAAGCAACCCCUUACAGGCUGAGAACCAACCCACACUGGCCUUUGAGAAGUACAAGAUCACAACAGGGCUCCCUGUUUCCAUUUUCAUGAGGUAAAAGCCUUUUGCUUUAGAUGUAAUUGAGAUUUUUCAGCAGCCAAAAAGCUGCUUCACAAGACUAGAGUUGCACAUUUGAACUGACACUUUAUGGAUAAUAGCAGGUCAGUUACAGUUUGGAAAGUUUUUCUCUACACCUGAACUUGGUUAGACACUUUUCAUCAGUUCGAAGGAGUAUGAAACUGCUUUAUUGUUUAUGUGAGUAUGCACAUGCAGGGCAGAGGACAACCAGGCAGCAGGUUUUCUACCAUGUGGGUUCUGAGCAGACUUGACAGCAAGUCUAUUCCGUAAUCCAUCUUGCAGGCCUGUUGGUUUUUGUGACUGUCUUAUGAAGCCCUAUAUUUGCUAUAUAGUUGAUAACCUCCAAACUAAGCUUACUUGAACACCUGCCAAAUCCUGGAGCUGUAGAUGUGCGACAUCCCUCCUGGUUGUUUUAGUGUUUAUGACAUUUGUCUUAUGUUCUCUACUAUCUGCAGAGAAGGGCAUAUUUUGGAGCAGGAGAGAGACUACAGUUAGGGUAAUUGAGAUUUGUAUGUUUGAACAGAUAGAAAUGUUUCAAUAAAUUGAGUCUCUUUCCCUC